AUGAACGAUUGGCAAUCAAAUUAUUCACCAAGUUUAGCCAGCACUUUUGGUCCAUGGUAUCCAAGUUCAGCCAAGAAUAAAAUGGUCAAAGCUCAACAUAACUAAACUCUAUUAUUAGAACCUUUGGGUUAAAAAUUUCAUAGUAGAAUCUAAAGUAGAACAUCUGUACCAAAAAGACGAGCUAUAUCAGUAUAACGUAGAUUACUAACUGCUCCUACUAUGGAUACAACAACAAAAGUACAAAAAUAAAGAACUCUACCAGAACCUGUUCUUUUAAAUCUAACAUAAGAACCACUUUAUGUUAGAAGCAAUAAGAAUGUACAAGAUAUUUUAAAGAAAUUGUAAUACUAUCGAUAUAAUGAACGCAUUUUGAUAUCAUGA